AUGGCCACAUCAGCGCGGCUCGUAUAUACACAUAUCGACAGGCAUGACCGCAGCUUUUUCGAUCACGUCUUGGACGACACGGAAUGUCACGCGUUCGUUCUCUAUUUCGAGCGCAUUGAGAGCGAUCGCUAUCCGAAAAAGAAGCGCCCCCGUACUGGUCGUGGUCGGAUCACACUAUGGAACAAAUCACGUAGAGCCUACUGGAUAGGUCUCGCGCAAGCAGUGCAUCCUGCCCCCACAAUCGUCAGAACAGUACCGGCGGUUGUAGCUCAAGCAUCAGGACCCGUGUCUCUGCUUCCUCCGACUCCUCCACCACCACCACCACCACCACCGCCCCCAUCUAUACUGGUUGUACCAGUCGCGUCUGGUACUACCGUCAUCGACCCAGCUCCAACCUUGAGACCUGAAGAUGAACCUCAACCUGCGAACUUGCCAGUCACGUCGCCUGCUAAGAGAAGGUACGAGAAUAGAGAUGACCCGAACAUCGCACCCUGGGAACCACCCGCCAAGCGUCUUCGUCCUGACGUAGGUGGUGAACGACGACCUCCGUUUGUUCUUCACAAUCAUUUCGAGAAGAAUAAAGAUGCACACUUGACACGAUCACUUUACCUUGCUCCAACCCGAGAGCAACGUGAAUACAUCCAACAGACACUGGGAGAUGGCUGGCGAUACGCGAAAACACUGAGUCAGAAUGACCUAGUACUUGCAGACUUCAGACCGCGACAAGGCUUUCCGACCAAGUCUGUGUUUUUGUUUGUGAAACUCGAUGACAACAGCAUCAUCGAAGAUGCUGUUGCUGUGAAGAUCGUCGAUUUGUCUCUCGACAAAGACUUAGCUGCUAAAGCAAGAGCUCAACGAGAGAUCUCCGCUGUCCACGCGCUCCACGAUCUCGCCUCCCGGCAUAUCCUUCAAUAUCGAGGUGAGAUCGAACUCGAUAUGCGUUUUGAUAUCCUGGCUGCACACACCGAGAAUAGAGACCCAAGUCUUUGGACGCAGCAAUUGAUCUUUUCAACCUUUGCACAUGGCGGCGAUUUACAUAAGCUGAUCGAAAACCAUGCUCUCGCUGGAAGGCCUAUCCCAGAGCAUUUCUGCUGGUUUGUAUUCAAGUCGCUCGUGGAAGCGCUUAUCACACUACAAACUGGACCAAACAGGGAGGGAUGGCGGAGUAUGUUGCACCUGGAUAUCAAACCGAAGAACAUACUCUUGAAUGACUCAGAUCCAACAUAUACAUCCUACAGAACUCCGGUCUUGGCAGACUUCGACUCGUCGCUCCGCCUAAGCUCACAUCUUCCCACACGAGAGUCAGAGACGAAGUCCGUCCGUUGGGGUGGCACGAAUUUCUGGCAGGCUCCAGAACAAUGCGCAAUGUACAAGGAUGAAAAGAGGUACACUCCAAAAGAUUGGAAACUAGAUCAAUCGACAGAUAUAUAUGGGCUCGGACUUGUCAUGCGAUUCAUGAUGAUGUGCUGUCAAUCCAGUAUCAACGGAACCGCUUGGAACUAUACCAGGAUCGAGGCUUUCCAUAAUUAUGAGCGUUCAAAGUUUCCCGGCGAGGCGGAAGGCCUUCCAAAGACUCCAGAGUACGAAUUCAGCUGGUCUAACUACCCUGGCGUGUAUAGCUCAGCGCUUAUCAAGGCCGUUCGUAAAUGUCUGGCGUUCCGAGGGGUUCUUGAUCCGACAAAGAAAGAUAAGAGACAUAGACCUACGUUGAUCGAGCUGGAAAAGCUCAUAAGCUCCAACAUUUCGAGAUUGGACCUACUUUACGGUGACAAGUUGGAGGCUGCACAACAACGACCGGAACACCCGCUUCAUGUUCUCUUCCCCGAAACGGACUCUCGGUUUGCUAUCGGCGCCACCUUCGAACCCGAACAGAGACAUUCCAUAGAGAAGCUCAUACGUCUAUCGAUUACGGAUGAUGAGAGAUACGCCGCUCGCGAGUCACAUGCGAACAUCAUCGCACGACUUCAAGACCAGAGCGAGCGCGAGGCGUCUCUUCCAAGCAGGGAAUCUCUUGAACAAGCCUUGGAAAAGGUCAUCGACCAGGUUCGCCCUCUCAUGACACAGUCGGAUAUGCCUGAAUUGAACGUUCUAGCCUUGCACUUUGCAAGGACCACCAUCCUGAAAUGCGUCAAUCCCGAAGCAACAUUCGUGCAAAAGACCGGGAAGCAAGCCCUCAAGUUCUUUGCACCUGAAACUAAGCACUUCAUCUUGAGCUACCUGAAGUCAUCGGUAGCUGGCCUGGCCCAAGAGAAAAAUCAAAUGAUCAAGAAAAGGGUCGCAGAGAUGCAAAAGCUUGAAGGAAUAGACCCGCUCACUGAUGAGAACAUCGAGGAGGAAAGCAAGAAAGCUGAGAUACUCGGGCGUCUCGAGGAAAUGGCGCUGGCGUUCGUGCUUUUGGAAGAGGCCACGCAGUUCGGCCUGAAUAUGCUGACGCUGGGAGAGGAGCUGAGUUCAACACUUGGCGAGGGACAGUACCACAAGAACCACGUAACCAAGAUUUCGGAUGUGCAUAAGGGUGUCUGGGAAUACUUUUGGAGUUGUCCAUCAGGUGUGUUUGAGGAGGAGUCGAAGUAG